AUGGCUUCUGGAAGAACCAAUUGUUUCACGAGCUCGACUACCAGCGAUGCAUUGCACCUCCAACAGGACAUUCCACAGGCAGUGCUUCUUGGGCUGCCAGAAAGAUCGACCUUCAAGUGUCAACGCAGCAUGGCCAAGAGCAUAACAGCCGACCUGCAGGGGCAUGGCAAUAUUGGAGGAUUAGGAAGCAUAACAAAGGGGGGGCCAUCAUAUUGCCAAGGCGGACAGGGAUCCACGGGCACUCAGUCGAAGCAUCAUAGGAGGCGAAGGUUGAACCUGAUGGCUAGGGGAGCUGAUGACAACGUCAACUGGCAGGCAAGCCAGGUUGGGGUCCGGAAAUUCCCCGAGCGCGCGGACGUGACCAUUGCCAGCAUUUGUCACCGCAGAAUCGCUGCCACAUCAGGGACCACAGGUCUGAAUCGGCCAAGAGACCUUUACGACAUGGGCCGCGACGGAGCGGCAAAAGGAGUGGCCAAACGGGAGGCAGUCGAUGCUAAGCCCUGUUCGGACCGAGGAUUAGGCACGGGAGACAGAGCCAGGGAGUCGGGAGACAGUCCCAAAGACAAGGUUGGAGCUGGGAAAGUGGAACUCGAUGGACGCCAUCCGGGCCAAUCAAGCGGGCAAACAAGUUGUAGUGCGCAUCCAGGAAUCUUCAACGUGCGCUGA